GGAGCGGAGACCCUGGGGUCAGGCCAGUCUGUACCAUCCUAAGGUUUCCCUGACCUGGAAUAUCCUUAUUUGAGCUAACUUAUGUCUUAAAUUCUCCACCCUUCCUUUCCUCCAGCAGGACAAAUUUCGUUGUGAAAGACCGCAACACGCAGCCCUUGCUCAACUUGUGGCUUGCCAUCGGGGCGGGGCGAGGCGAGAAAGCGGAAAUGCAGGGCGCGAACGAGGCUGGAGAUUCUCCCACCCCCACCCCGGCCACGUGUGCGCGCGCCGUCUGUAGUGGGCGGGGCCAGCUCGCUCGGGACCCCGCCCCUCCCUUCCUGAGACGCCGCGGCCCUGCGGGCGGGGGCUCCGGUCCGGGCUUUGGCUGCGGCCCCGGUGUAGUAGCGGGGGCGGCGGCCGGGGGCAGCGCGGCUCCUUCCCUUGUUGUGUGUGUCGGUGCCUCCUCGCCAUCUUGUUGCAAAGCCUUUUCUUGUCGGCGGGACUCCCGGGGGCCGCGGGGCGGGAGGCAUCUGAAGGGAAGAAGAGAGGGAGGGGAAGGAGGGAGGCAGUGCUGCCUUUUGUUUUUUUGCAUCAAAAUUUUUAAAAUUUGCAAAUUAUAUUUUGCAAGUAUUUUGGGAAACAUUAAUUUUUGUCUCCGUGCUCUCCCGUUCUUCCCUGCGGAGUGCGCUGCGCCGCCCAGCCCUGUCGCCCCCCGGAGGUGAUCCCUCCCUCCUGCCUGCCCGCCAGCCUGACCUGUGCCCGGCUCGCGGGCCGCAGUCUCGGCCCCGGCGCGCCCCCGGCAGCUCUCGGCGGGAUGAGCAUAGAGACGCUACUGGAGGCGGCCCGCUUCCUGGAAUGGCAAGCGCAGCAACAACAGAGAGCACGUGAGGAGCAGGAGCGGCUUCGCUUGGAGCGGGAGAGGGAGCAGGAGCAGAAGAAGGCCAGCAGCCUGGCCAGGCUGGCCCAUGCCCUGCCCGUGGAGGAGCCCCGCAUUGAAGCACCACCCCUACCUCUGUCCCCUCCGGCACCCCCGCCAGCACCCCCACCCCCACUUGCCACCCCCACCCCACUGACUGUCAUUCCUAUUCCAGUAGUGACCAACUCUCCUCAACCUCUGCCCCCACCCCCACCACUGCCUCCUGCAGCCCAGCCUCUGCCCCUGGCGCCCCGCCAGCCAGCCCUGGUUAGCACCCCUGGACUCAGCAUUAAGGAGGCUGCCCCCCUGCCCACCAGGCCACAGGUGCCCACCCCUGCUCCCCUGCUGCCGGACUCCAAGACCACCCUUCCGCCCACUGGCAGCCCUAAGCCUCUGCAGCCCCUCCCCACCCCUAUCCUGACCAUAGCACCACACCCUGGAGUCCAGCCCCAGCUGGCCCCCCAGCAGCCACCCCCACCCACUCUUGGGACCCUGAAGUUGGCACCAGCGGAAGAAGUCAAAUCCAGCGAACAGAAGAAGAGGCCUGGGGGGAUCGGAACCAGAGAAGUCCACAACAAAUUGGAGAAGAACAGGAGGGCCCAUCUGAAAGAAUGCUUUGAGACCCUGAAGCGCAACAUCCCCAACGUGGACGACAAGAAGACGUCGAAUCUGAGUGUGCUGCGGACGGCGCUGCGGUACAUCCAGUCUCUGAAGAGGAAGGAGAAGGAAUACGAGCAUGAGAUGGAGCGGCUGGCGCGGGAGAAGAUCGCCACACAGCAGCGGCUGGCGGAGCUCAAGCAUGAGCUGAGCCAGUGGAUGGACGUGCUGGAGAUCGACCGUGUGCUCCGGCAGACUGGCCAGCCGGAGGACGACCAGGCCUCCACCUCUACGGCCUCUGAGGGUGAGGACAACAUAGACGAGGAUAUGGAGGAGGAUCAGGCCGGCCUGGGCCCACCUAAACUGAGCCAUCGCCCCCACCCGGAGCUGCCGAAGCCACCGCCCAGCACCGCCCCCGCACCUCUGCCUCCCCAUCCACACCCCCACUCCCAGCCUGUGGCCCUGUCUCCUGUCCACCUGCCUGGGCAGCAGCCGCCACCACAGCAGAAGACACCUCUGCCAGCCCCUCCUCCCCCACCGGCUGCCCCUGCCCAGACGCUGGUGCCCGCUCCAGCCCAUCUGGUGGCUGCAGCUGGUGGAGGUUCCACGGUCAUCGCCCACACGGCCACCACCCACGCCUCAGUCAUCCAGACUGUGAACCACGUUCUACAGGGGCCGGGCGGCAAGCACAUCGCCCACAUUGCCCCCUCGGCCCCCAGCCCUGCUGUGCAGCUGGCACCUGCCACACCCCCCAUUGGCCACAUCACAGUGCACCCUGCCACCCUCAACCAUGUGGCCCACCUCGGCUCCCAGCUGCCCCUGUAUCCACAGCCCGUGGCAGUGAGCCAGCCCGUGGCGGUGAGCCACAUUGCCCACACCCUCUCACACCAGCAAGUGAAUGGCACAGCGGGGCUGGGACCCCCAGCCACUGUCAUGGCAAAGCCAGCUGUGGGGGCUCAGGUGGUGCACCACCCCCAGCUGGUGGGCCAGACAGUGCUCAACCCCGUGACCAUGGUCACCAUGCCCUCCUUCCCGGUCAGCACACUCAAGCUGGCUUGAGGAUGAGGCCACUCAGAGGCCCCCAGUGGGGGCAGGGAGGGGGACCUGUCCCCCACUCUCCCACCCACCAGCUCCACACAUUCCAGCCAGGCCAAGGCCCGCCCCACCCACACCCACCCCCAGGCCUCCUAGGGGAAGGGGGUGCAGAGACUCUGAGCCAGGGGAGGGAGGGCCCCCCCCCAGGGAGCUGGGCACAGGGCAGGGGGUUACCCCACUGCACUAGGACUUGAUAAAGUGAUGAGACACUC